CCCCCUACUGUGUUUCCCUAACAGGAAAAAUCUACUUUUGUUGAGUUUCUGAUAGUCUCAGUCUGUUAGGCAGCUGGUAACACCAUAGAAUUAAUUUUGUUAUUUAAAUAAAAAGGUUCCUUAGGCAGGUGGAGCAAUCCAAAUUGUGGGAACAGAGAUAUGAUUUUACAGCAGUAUUUCAGCAACUUAUUCAGAAUGGAUGGCAAGAAAAUAUUUGGGAUAGAGGAGCUACUAGCCUGGCUGAGCACCAGCUCCAUCAGAAGCUGCAUGCACGAGUGGGAAGAAAGAAGCCAGCUCCUACAAAUCAGCCUCCUGGGGAAUAUUUUCCACAGUGGCAGGAGUCUUCGUUCAGGUUUCAUGAAGUGUCGUCUAGGAGUUUGUUGCUGUCCAUGUGCCACAAUAUGCAACACCACCGUUUGUUAGUUCUGAAGAGUCACAAACUGCGCUUACGUAUAGGGAGGGCAUACUGUUCUCCUGCCUCCAAGAGGCCUGAAGCCAACACAGCCAUGGAAGUGGCUACAAAUGCUCUUUAUCGCUUAUCAGAUACUGGGAAAGUUUUUGGAAGAAACUCCAUUCAGAGAAUCUCUGCAGCUACCCGAAGCUGGUGGAACAAAUAUGAGGAAUUUGUUGGACUUAAUGAAGUCAGAGAGGCCCAGGGAAACGUGACUGAGGCUGAAAAAAGGUUCAUGGUUGCUCGUGGGAUAGUUCGAGAAGCUCGGGAAACCUGGGAAGCCCAGCAGCAAAAACUAAAGGAAAUCCGGGACCGUUUAGACAGAGUUUCACGUGAUGAUAGUCAGUAUCUGGAACUGGCAACUCUGGAGCACAAGUUACUGCAGGAAGAGAAGAGGUACAGAAACAGCUAUCAAACUGCUGAGGAAUCUGAGCGGGAAACAUUCUCCCUUUUCUCUGCUGCUGUGAGGGAAAGCCAUGAGAAAGAGCGGACGAGAGCUGAGAAAACAAAGAACUGGUCCAUUAUUGGCUCUGUAUUGGGGGCCAUUAUUGGGGUCCUGGGUUCUACCUACAUCAACCGAGUUAGGCUGCAGGAAUUAAAAGCCUUAGUUUUUGAGGCCCAAAAGGGACCAAUAAGCCUUCAGGAAGCCAUUAGGGAGCAGGCCUCCACCUAUAACUCCCAACAGAGGGAUCUAAGUGACCUCAUUGCCAACCUGAAGAACAUCCUACAAGUUGUGACUGUGACAUCACAGGAAGUGGAGGGGGCUUCUUCAGCCAAAAGCAGCAUGAGUGCAUCACUAAAAAUAGACCCACUCUUAGUUUCCAUUAAGGAGCAGCUGAGCUACUCUAAACAAAUAAGCUCCUUCUUUGGAAGUUUGCAAGAGCAGCUUAGCAACUUGGAAAAAAAUGUAAGGCAAAUGGCCACUGAGGUACAGGAUGUAAAGAGUAUACCUCACCCCACACCUGGGGGGAGAGUAUUGCUUAGUCCUUCAGCAGAGGGGAACAGCCAGGUCUUUGAGGCAGAGAAUGUGGUUCUGGAACUGUGCAACACAGAAAGGAGACUGGAGGCGCAAAUGAAGAGGAACUCAGUCUAUAGCACAGCCUUCACUUGUGCUGUAUUUGCCAUCACACUCCCCAUGCUCUACAUCCUGCUCAAAGGGAAUUAGCUGGCAACUCAGUGAAAAAUAAUUUGUUAGAGUAAUAAAAUGUCAUUCCCCCUCA